AUGGACCAGCGAGUCGCCCUAGAGAGCGGCGACCUGCGAUACGUGUACAGGCUGCUGAGCGAGGAGCUGGAAAAGAGUCUGGAUGCCGCAAUCGACAGCGAAAAGGCCGGGUACCCUGAGGACGUCAAGGCUGAGGCACUGGCCGCGGCCAAGGCAGAGCUACGCAAGACGUUUGAGAUGGCCCGGUUCGCGGUCAAUAUUUCGGACGUCAGAGUCGAGUCCACAGAGGAUUUCCGAAUGUACUGUGAGGAGAACUACGGUGCGGAGCCACUUGAUCUCGAAUUGAACCAGCAGGUGUUCAACGAGCUGGGCGAAAUCGACCACACGACCGAUGGAGUGGCCCGGCAAAGGACGCGAGUCGCUUCGGAAGUAGCCGAGCUCUACCGUCAAUCUACGCAAAUACGACUAGCUACGUUCGACAAACAGCUCAGCUCUGAGGAAAUCAGCUUGCCGGAGCUCAACAUACCGUUUGAGCGCGUCGAGUCGCUCAGCGAAGACCUCAGGGUAGCCAACGAGCAGAGCCAAGCUCUUCAGAGCGAGCUGCGCGAGCUGAUCGCCAAGAUGACGGACAUCAAGAACGGCAUCGCCAUUGGCUGA